GGUUAAAGUGUUCAGGGCCCUGUAUACAUUUGAGCCCAGAACACCAGAUGAAUUGUACUUUGAAGAAGGAGAUAUCAUUUACAUCUCAGACAUGAGUGAUACAAAUUGGUGGAAAGGAACUUGCAAAGGGAGAACUGGACUAAUUCCAAGCAACUAUGUGGCAGAACAAGCUGAGUCUAUUGAUAACCCAUUGCAUGAAGCUGCCAAACGAGGCAACCUAAGCUGGUUGAGAGAGUGUUUGGAUAACCGAGUUGGGGUCAAUGGCUUAGACAAAGCUGGAAACACAGCUCUGUACUGGGCAUGCCAUGGAGGCCACAAAGAUAUAGUGGAUGUUCUGUUCACGCAGGCAAACCUAGAGUUAAACCAACAGAACAAAUUGGGAGACACAGCUUUGCAUGCUGCUGCAUGGAAAGGUUAUGCAGAUAUUGUAGAGAUGCUGCUGGCAAAGGGGGCAAGAACAGAUCUGAAGAACAAUGAGAAGAAACUGGCUUUAGACAUGGCAACCAAUGCAGCUUGUGCUUCCCUGCUUAAGAAGAAACAGAGUGCAGGUACAAUCCGAACAUUAAGUAACGCAGAGGAAUACCUCGACGAUGAAGACUCUGAUUAGCUUUUUUUAUUCAGCCUAAAGAACUAUAAUUUGCGUUGCCUAUGUCAUUCCCAAAGCCUAUCUUUACAACUGUAAAAAUAUCUUAUUUAGAGCAUUGCAGUCUUCCAAUAUAGCAUAUAAACGAGAGGGUGAAAUCAUGCUUUCCAAAGGAACAAUCUUCAUGUGUGCCAGAAGAUGCCACAUUUUAAAUUAGAAUUCCUUUGGAAUUAUCUCACAGAGGAAGUGUGGCAUACCCUUAUUGUUGAAUGGGCAGAGGACCAUCUU